AUGGCGGCCAAAAAGCCAACCUUCAAGCUCGUCCUUCUCGGAGAGGUGGGCGUGGGGAAGACAUCGCUGUUCUUGAGACUUAAAGACGGAACUUUUCUUGAAGAUUCUCAUGCGAGUAUCGGCGUCGACUGCUGUGAAACUGCCGUCAGCGUAGAAGGCGAGGAAGUUCGGCUGUGUGUGUGGGACACGGCCGGCGUGGAGCGGUUCCGGACGCUGACACAGGGCUACUACCGACACGCCGACGCCGUCCUGCUGGUGUACAGCCUGCCCGACUCAGCCACGCUCAGGAUGCUGACGUCAUGGGUGCGAGAGGUUAACGACCGCACGGUC